GCCCCGGACAGCUCCAAGCCCCUGUUUGCACCUUGGCGCGCUCAGAUAUUCGGAUUGCUUGGACCAUGGCACUUGGGACAUGCCGCGCGGUUCUCGUCACCGGCUGCAACCGCGGCAUCGGCCUGGGCUUGGUGCGGGGAUUCCUGGCUCGGAGCCCCUCUCCGGACCUGGUCAUCGCCACCUGCCGCCACCCGGACCAAGCGCAGGAACUCCAGCAUCUGAAAAAGCAGCAUCAGAAUCUCAGAGUCCUACAGUUGGACAUCCUGUGUGAAAACAGCAUCAAGAAGGCCACACAAGAAACGGAGGCCCUGGUGGGGGAACAGGGCCUUAACUGCCUCAUCAACAAUGCAGGCAUCAACAGGAUUGCCACCCUGGACAGCGUCACAGCCCAGGAUAUGCUGGCCCUCUAUGAGACCAACACGGUGGCCCAGCUCAUGGUCAGCAAGGCGUUUCUCCCCCUACUGAGGAAGGCCGCAUACCAAGAUGUCGUCAUGGGCAUUCACCGGGCCGCCAUCAUCAACGUAUCAUCCCAAAGCGCCUCUAUGCAGCUCUUCAGUCAGAACAAGAAAUCCGAGGAAGUGUACCCGUACAGGAUAGCCAAGACGGCCCUCAAUAUGAUCACCUGCUGCCUAGCAGCUGACCUGAUAUCAGAUGGGAUCCUCUGCAUGUCCCUGGAGCCAGGCUGGGUCAAGACGGACAUGGGGGGGAGCAAGGCUCCCCUGCAGUUAAAGGAGAUCAUCCCCGGGAUUCUCAAUGUCUUGGCCAACGUCAGAGAAAAGGACCAUGGGGCCUUCCUGAACUGGAAAGGAGAGGUGGUCCCUUGGUAGUCCUGGCUGCCCCCACCCUGCCAGGGGGCCCCGUUAUUCCUUUAGCCCCACCUACCCCCUUACCCACUGAAUCCCACAACUCCAGGGAGCCGUUCACUCCCCAGAGCCUUCCAAUCCCUGGCUCUAUCUUUAUCUUAGCCCCUUCGCUCACUCACUCUCUCACCCCCCAGGCCCUAGUGUCCCCCUGUCCCCCCCAUACAUAUCCCAUCAACCUCCGGGUUUAGGGUAC